GGUGGGAAAAGUGAGGUAGCAGGGACGUGUAUUUCUUGCAGCUGCUGUCGUCGUGUCGCUCCUGUCACACAGCCAAACAUGGCAGGAGGCAGAAAGAGAACCGGGCGCCAGACCAGCUUUUACUCCACUAUUACCUCAAUAUGGCAGGACAAGCACCUGAUACUGUUCAAGCCCGAGUACACGCUCCUGGUCGCGGCGGCGCUCUGGUGUCUGGAAGUCGGUGUUAACGUGUGGGUCAUUCAGAAAGUGGCGUAUACCGAGAUUGACUGGAAAGCCUACAUGGACGAGGUCGAGGGCGUCAUUAAUGGCACCUAUGACUAUACCCAGUUAAAGGGAGAAACUGGGCCUCUAGUGUACCCAGCAGGGUUUGUGUACAUUUUUACCGCACUUUACUAUGUUACAAACCAGGGGCUGAAUAUUAGACUGGCACAGUAUCUGUUUGCUAUCUUCUAUCUUAUCACCCUUUUGUUGGUCUUCCGCAUCUACCAUCGUACAAAGAAGGUUCCACCAUAUGUUUUCUUCUUUGUGUGCUGUGCUUCAUAUCGGAUCCAUUCCAUCUUCGUGUUGCGACUCUUUAAUGACCCUGUGGCGAUGAUGCUGCUGUUUGGAGCAGUCAACCUUAUGCUGGAUGGACACUGGACCCUGGGCUGUGCACUCUAUAGUCUGGCCGUGUCAGUGAAGAUGAACGUGAUGCUCUUUGCUCCAGGACUUCUAUUUAUCCUCCUGUCAGAGUUUGGACUGAUGAAGACUCUUCCCAAGCUCACCCUCUGUGCCAUCAUCCAGCUUGUGUUGGGGUUGCCCUUUCUCCUGGUGAAUCCUGUAGGCUACAUGAGCCGGGCAUUUGAUCUGGGGCGUCAGUUUCUGUUUAAGUGGACAGUGAACUGGCGCUUCUUGCCAGAGGACAUUUUCCUCAGCAGGUACUUCCACCUGGUGCUGUUAUUUGCUCACCUGACCACACUUGUCUGUUUUGCUUUGAGGAGAUGGAAGAGGUCAGGGAGCAGUGUUUGGACUCUUUUGAAAGACCCAUCCGUGAGGAAGCCAACAACACAGAAGCUCAAUGCUGAUCAGAUCAUUCUCAUCUUGUUCUCUUCCAACUUCAUUGGCAUGUGUUUCUGCCGCUCGCUGCACUACCAGUUCUAUGUUUGGUAUUUCCACACUCUGCCCUACCUGCUGUGGAGCGGUGGGGUGAAAAAGCUGGCUGACUUGCUUAGGGUCUUGAUACUGGGUCUGAUAGAACUGGCAUGGAACACGUAUCCCUCCACCAUUUACAGCUCCUUGUCCUUGCACGUCUGCCAUUUCAUCAUUUUGCUAUGUCUAUGGUUUAACCCCACCCCGUCUCUGCCAAAUACAGGCUCAGAGUCCCACAAGGCCAAACGUCAAUGAAUGCUGCAUCAUUAUCGUGUUUCUGUGUCCUUCUAAACACAUCUCUCCUGGGUGAAAGAGGGAGAAUGUUGGCACUAUGGAAGCUGUUAGCACAUUAUGUGACCUCUAAGGGUUGAGACAGGUUCAGAUGUUAGUGUCCAGGAAUAAGAGGUACAGAAAUCUUUCAGGAUUCUUAAAGAACUUUUUUUUUUUUUUUUUUUUCAGAUGGAUAAUGUGAAUCAUGUGUGUUAUGUGGAUCAGCGUGUGAUGUGACUUUCUUUGUAGCCCAUUACAUGCAACUUAAAAAGACACAUGGUGUCACUUAGUGAUUUUGGAAUGUUGGAAUUACGUCUUACCUAUAGCAGUGGUUUUUAGUCUAUUUCCCCCCAGAUAUCAUGACAUUGUAAUAAUAAUAAUUUUUUUGGACUGCACAAUGGUUGAUCAAUAUUCAGGGUUUCAUCUGAGUUUUGUUUGGUGUACCAUUGGGACAUGAUUUAGUACAGUGUUUUUUGGACGUGUUCCCUUAAGUUUAUGUAUAUAUUUUUACACCAAAUGUUACAGUGUAAACGUGACAAAACUGUAGUUUACGAGUUUGUAACUUGUAAAUAUACAAACACAGCCUAAUUAAUUACAUAUGUGGUGUUUCUUAUUGACAAGCCAUAGGAUAUACUGGGAAUAUAUAAUGAAUAGGUACUGUAUAAAGGUAUAAACCCUGUUCAGCAAUAACUCCUUUAUAAACCAGCCUGCAGUUAAAGUUGAAAUCUAUUUACAAACGUUAGGAAAGAGAAUCAGUGGAUCGUGUUCCAGACUGAAUAGAAAUGGUCUGACAUUUAUGCACCAGAAACAUCAGUGUAAAGAUUUGUUUACAGUUUUGAUGCACAGCGCCGUUUCAUACUUGCAAAUAUUAUGUUGAUAAACUGAGUUUCCAGUUUAUUAGUCUUCAGUCAUUGGUCUUUUUGUUUGGUCUUCCCAUCAUACACAUUUUAGCUCUACAAUUAUUGACAAUGAAAAUGAUUACCACCCAAGUAUCUGGUCAGUGGUAACUUUAUAUUUUUCUAUUGAUUGAGAGAGUAGAAUUAUCUUGUAAACUGUUUUAUUUAAAAGUGCAUCUACAGUAUAAAUAGUUUCUGAUGUCAUUAUCAAUGAUUGUACAUACAUAGUUAGGUGUUCCUAAAAAAAAAGGCAGUGUGUGCUGUAGAUCUAUCUGCAGGUUUUAUUAACUGAAAUUUGUGUUGUUUCAAAUGUUUGCUUUGUGUCUCAUCUGCAAGUACUUGUCUUUACUGCACAAUAAGCUUUAGCCAAAUAAUUAAUUCAGGUAUAUAGCACAAGAAAAAAACGAUAAAACAUCAGUGUUUUUUUUCUUUGUUUGUUUUGGGGGCUUUAAAAAAAAGAUAUUUUAGCAAAGUUCCUUUUUUCCUGUCCUAGUGUCUGGUUUUAUUUGUUUAGUUUCAUUAUUUUAGUUCGAAAAAUGAGAGUAGUUUGAGUAGAGGGUACUUUGAGAGUGGUGUUAUUUGCAUGAAUAGAAACAGACUUUGUUUAGUUCUUGUUUUUGUUUUUUUUAUUUCUUAAAUACCAGGUGGCAGCUGCACACAGACUCAUUCUGGUGUAUCUGCAAAUCAUUUAGAGCCAACAAUUAGGUCCAGUAUAGCCUACUGGAAGCAACACAAUUGCAUAACACAUGUACAAACAUUGUCUUUAAAAAAUAAAGUUUAUUGCAAGAUUUUCUGAUUCUCA